AUGGCAUCGCGCCGCGUUUCCUGGUCCCAAUAUGGACAUUACGUUUUUACACGAACGGCAUCGAUCGGUAUUUUAAAGGGUGAAAGAUUGAAGAGCGCGAACAUCGCCGAAGAGGCACGAGCCAGAAUAAGCGGCCCGCCGGAUAUCUACGUGAAAACCGGCAGUCUCCUCACGCUCACUUGUCUCAUGUCUCAAGGACCUCACGAUUUAGGCACAGUGGCUUGGUUCCGUGGUAGUAAGCCGGUGGUGACGUCUCCACACUCGGAGAACGACGUAAACGGCGAACCACGCAUCACCGUCGAAACCGAGUGGAGCGACGCCCUCACGUCAAGAUUGAGGAUCACCCAUGCAAAGCUAGGCGACUCUGGGAAUUACAGUUGCGUGCCCACUGUAGCGGAGAGGGCCAGUGUCAACGUGCAUGUUAUUAACGGGGAGCAUCCAGCUGCAAUGCAGCACGGGAACACGGCAGCAGGCUCGCCAACAUCGAAGACGGUCCUCGUAAUGCUCGCCUUCUUUUUGGGUCAAUUGAGAUAAUGUGUGUUCUCGUACGUGUACGUGCGUGUGUCACCGACCUGUCUGCCCCUGCGUGUGCACUUUCCGCAUGUAUGUAGUUGCGUGCGUGCGCGAAUGAAAGAGAGAAAGAGAGAGAAAGUGAGAAUGAGAAAGCGCGUGUAAAUCGAAGCGUGCGAGUGUCAUUAUAACGCGAGCAUUAAGUGAAACUCGAUGGAUCGUCGUUGGACACAAUAAGACGUAGCCACCUUCUCCCCCUCCCCCAUCAAGUAUCCUGUUUGUACCUUGAUCGAAAUUUAAGUCGAGACGACCGAGCACGCAACCGGAACGAUCAUCGACGAAGAAGCUUUCUUGCAUGCAAGGUGAUAAAGUAAAAAAAAGGGAAGUUGACCGGUGAGAAAGUUUUCUUUUUUUUCAUCGUAUG